AGAUUAAAGAGGAACAGGCGACAUAUAAGGCUUAGAUUUCUACUUUAAUUUCUUCUCUUUUCGUCUCUCUUUCUCGCUCAUCUCUGCUUCUCAUGUUAGUUUCUGCAUUAAUGGCCGAUUCGCGCGGAAGAGAGCAUCUUUAGAACUGGGAUUCUCUUUUGUUUUUCCUCUCCAUCUCCUUUUUCUUCAUCUUUGAUCAAAUAGUAUGGCAGAAAACAAAGGAGGGAGCUCGAGUCGCCACCAAGAGCUUCAGAUCAGUUUUGGGAUGAUGCAGGCUUCUUCUUCCACUCUUCACGCAAGUGCUAUGAGCAAGGAGGGAGGAUCAGGAGCAUACGACUUGGGAGAGUUGGAUCAAGCUCUAUUCCUCUAUCUUGAUGGUCAGGAUCAUUCCUCAGUUCAAGAACAUAGACAGACUUUGAACAUAUUCCCUUCUCAGCCCAUGCAUGUUGAGCCAUUCAACAAGGGUGGCGUGAUCAGUUUAAACAAUGCUUCAAACAAUUCUUCUAAGAGACCUGCUGACCAGUCCAUGGAGAUAGGAAAUCGCAGGAACAAUACCUCAUCGUUGGUUCAACCUGACAAAGAUAGUAAAGCAGCAGUGAAGCAGAAAGAAUCGAGCACUAAAAGGGGCACAGCUUCUAGUACUGAACAAGAAGGCCCCAAGACACCAGAUGCUAAGACAAUAAGGAGGCUAGCUCAGAAUAGGGAAGCAGCAAGGAAAAGCAGACUCCGCAAGAAGGCUUAUGUUCAACAACUGGAGAAUAGCAGGAUCAGACUAACACAGCUUGAACAAGAGCUUCAAAGAGCAAGAGCUCAAGGCGUGUUCUUCGGUGGCGGAGCCCUCCUCGGCGAUCAAGGUCUUCCCCAUGGUAUCAACACCCUUAGCUCAGAAGCCACCAUGUUCGACAUGGAAUUUGCGAGGUGGCUGGAAGAGCACCACCGCCUUAUGUGCGAGCUCCGUGCAGCCGUGCAAGAACACCUGCCUGAGCACGAGCUCCGGCUUUACGUCGACCACUGCCUUUCUCAUUUCGACGAGAUGAUAAACCUUAAAGGCGCCAUCACGAAGGCCGACGUCUUUCACCUCCUCUCUGGAAUGUGGAAGACUCCUGCCGAGCGAUGCUUCAUGUGGAUGGGUGGCUUCCGACCAUCAGAGCUCAUCAAGAUUCUAUUGAGCCAUAUAGAACCAUUAACAGAGCAGCAAAUACUAGGAAUCUGUGGAUUACAGCAGUCAACCCAAGAAACAGAAGAAGCACUAAGCCAAGGGCUAGAAGCCCUUAAUCAAUCUCUCUCUGAAACAAUUGCCUCUGAUGCUUUGAGCUCCCCUUCAAACAUGGCAAACUAUAUGGGUCAUAUGGCUAUCGCCAUGAAUAAGCUCUCUACACUUGAAGGCUUUGUCAGACAAGCGGAUGGCCUGAGGCAGCAAACCCUUCACAGGCUUCACCAGAUUCUGACUAUUCGUCAAGCAGCUCGGUGCUUUCUCUCCAUUGCUGAGUACUUCCAUCGCCUCCGAGCUCUCAGCUCCCUCUGGCUUGCCAGGCCAAGACAGGAGUGAGCACACAAAGGCUCCUCUUGUUAAUUAUUAAGCAAGAAAGUAAAUCUAGAAAGAUAUAUUUACCACCUUCAUCCUCUUCCAAGCUUACCAUAGCUAGCCUGCUAGGUUCUUUUAUUAGACUUGCAGAAAAAUGUAUAGAUAGGUUUAUAAAUACUUUAGAGAGUAUGGAUUAAUUAAUGGGACGUUGGAAGAAUUUGUGCUAUAGUUGCAUUUUGUUUUAAGAAGUGUAACUCAUUAGCCACAUUUCUGACAUUUGAGCACACUUUUUGAUGAAUUAUGCCAUUAGAGCUGAUGAAAGACUGAGAAGAGACGUGAUGAAGAGGUGGUCAGAGUUACCAGAUAGUAAGUUAGACUGCAUAGUCUUUAACUCUCUAGUUGGUUUCUGCAUGCUACGUGGUGUAGGGAAAGAGAGGGAAGUACAUGUGGCUCGUGACAACUCUGCAUGCUUUGAUAGUAGUUUUGGUGUAAGGUGGCAAGUACGUAAUUCCUCAAAAUGCUUUAGCUUUUCCUUUUUUAUGUACUUUAGCUGGUGAUGACUUUAUCUUAAUUCGAUUUCAAUUUGGGUCUUUUUUUUUU